AUGAACGCCGAGAAGUAUCAGAUCCUCGAAUAUUUUGUCCUCAGGUUCUUCCCCGCGGUGACGAGAAUGGACAUGAUCGUUUUUAUGGGACAUCCUCGCUUGUCGUCAGCCAAUCCGGCGAUUCAGGUCAUCCGCAACUCGCUCGCGGACGAACUUCACCUGCUGGCCCUUCUGACCACGACCAGCGCCCGCAUGAAAUACGUUGACAAAUUCCACUUCGCCCGAGCCGAUCUUCCCGAACGGUUGGCCGACGUCAGUCUUCGAUUGUUGAGGCGGUAUCUGGCUCAAGGCCGACCGGUAACGCAGGAACUGAUACAAAGCAUUCUAUAUCUGUGGGCGAUCGAGAGCUAUCGAAGGAACUGGGAUGCUCUGGGUCGCUGA